GUUUGUUAUUGUCGUGACUGUUAGCUUUUAUUACUUACAGAUCGUUGCCAGCUGCACAUCGAAAGUUGCAUUGAACGUUGCCCGUUGAAGCGUAGCUUUAUCUCAGAUUUAUUCACCAUGGUCAAACAAAUUGCAGCGAAGCUUUGAGCAUUUGGGUACCUUGCAAGGACAGGUGAUAAAUAACAAGGAGCUUAAUGGGCGAAAUGCUGAUUUCUGAAGUUAAAAGUACUACAGGACAAUGAAACUAUCAUAUUUGAAGGGAGAUUUUGAUGCCGCUUUGAAGGAGGCUGGAGGCAAGCUGGUUGUUGUGGAUUUCUUUGCAACAUGGUGUGGGCCGUGUAAAGCCAUUGCCCCUAAACUAAAGGAAUGGUCAGAAGGGGAAUUCAGUGAUCUAGUCUUCCUGAAGGUUGAUGUGGAUGAGUUAGAUGAUCUAGCAGCAGAAUAUGGGGUGAAUGCCAUGCCAACAUUUAUCCUCUUCAAAAACAAGGAGAAAGUUGAGACGGUAGUUGGAGCAAGUGAAGCUAAAUUGAGAGAAGCCAUAAAUAAAAACAAAUGAAUUAAAAGUUCCAAAUUGUUAUCCCAUGAUGACUCCAAAUAAUGGUGUUGAAAUCAGAAAUGUAUCUUACUCAAGCUGUAAUGAAGUAUUUGGAAAUAAGAAAAAUGUUUUAAACUAUUUAGUAUCCGAAGAUAUAUAUGAUAUAACUAGAUUAUCGUCAUGAGUAACACUCAUCUGCUGAUCAUGUCUUUGUCGUCUUUUUAUGUCGAAUGUGUUGAAUGGGAUUUAAUGGAAGAACAUCAGAAUAAAAAUUGAAAUUUUUUUAUACUCAUCGUGA